CAGAUCAAAGAAACAAUGGACAUUAGAAACGUAACACAAGUGAGAGUCUUUGUACUUUCAGGACUAACAGACAAUGAAGAACUUGUCCCCUUCCUCUUCCUAUUCUUCUUGCUUGUUUACUUGAUGACCAUACUUGGCAAUGUUGGCAUGAUGGGUGUUGUCUAUAAGACGUCCAGCCUCCACACUCCGAUGUACUUUUUCCUGAUCUACCUCUCCAUGAUUGACCUCUGCUAUUCCUCAGUGAUAACACCUAAAGUGCUUUUGGACCUUUUAUCUAAGGUAAAGUCCAUCUCAUUCACUGGCUGUGCUCUCCAGUUCUUCUUCUUUGCGGUCUUCUCCGGCACAGAGGUUCUUCUGCUCUCAAUUAUGUCUUAUGAUCGAUAUAUCGCCAUCUGUCAUCCUCUCCAUUAUGUCCUCAUAAUGACCAAUAAAAGAUGUUUGAGUCUUGUUCUCCUUUCUUUAUCUAUUGCCUUCUUCCAGGCAAUACUGCAGACCAUCUGUGUGUUCAGUCUCCAGUACUGUGGUUCAAACCUUAUAGAUCACUUCUACUGUGACGUCCUUCCCCUGCUCACAUUGUCCUGCUCUAGUACCCUACCAUGCGAAAUUAUAACAAUUUUCUUCACAUGUUCUUGUGGUGUUAGUUCUAUGAUGACAAUCGUUAUAUCAUACACUCUGAUUGUUUCUUCCAUAUUACGGAUCAGAUCAGGAGAGGGCCGUCAAAAAGCAUUUAGUACAUGUUCCUCACAUCUCAUGUGUGUUUUCAUGUUGUAUGGAACAGUUUUCUUCAUCUAUCUACGCCCAUCUUCCAGUCACUUUGAGAAGCAAGACAAGGUGGUUUCUGUGUUCUAUUUAGUGGUGAUUCCCAUGCUGAACCCACUUAUAUACAGUUUGAGGAACAAAGAGGUGAAAAAGGUCAUUAUGAAAGCGGUGCAAAAAUGUCAUCUGCUCGUACUACACCACCAAAAACAGGGAGUGACGGAGGCGUGA